AUGAAUGAAUAUAGGAACAUUCUGACGGGAGAUGCGGCCGUUGCAUGGAGGAGUCUGAUCUCACGAUUGAGAUUUGAUUGGACGACGGACAACAAGAUUUUCGAGCACCUGUUGGAGGUCCAUGAAUGGUUCUGCGGAGACAAAUGUCCCCUUUUGAGGUCAGAUGUCGAUGACAGAGGUGAUCCAGAUUUUCCCAUGUCAAAAGAAGAUGAGGAGACAGCCAUGUCAUUAGAUUUAGAAGUGGAGGAUGGAGCCGAGUCAGUAGAUGACGACAGCAGUGGAGAAAGUGAAUCUGAUACAGAAAGUGGAGAGGAUGUUCACAUUAAGGAGGAGGAAGAAGAAAUUAUAAGUGAGAUUCCAUGUAAAAUAGUGUCCACUGAACCAAGUAAGGAGACUAUUUUCCCCGAAUCAGGGGGAGAUUACCCUGUAUCAGGGGGAGAUAACUUUGUACCAUUAUCAGAAACCUUAAACUCUUCUUCAAAGGGAGGUAAAUAUGUAUCUUCCUUAGAAAACAACUCAACACCUACAAACAAGACAAUUAAACAACGAAAUAUUCAGACAAGUUGUCUGAAUGUUUAUAGAAAAACUUCUAGAAAGACAACUAAUACAAAAACAUGUAGUGAAAAUCAGAAACAAGGACAAAAUGAGAGUGAAACUUCUUCAGAUGUGAAUGAAUCACAGAAAAGAAAAGGUGACAGAAAUGAGGCAAUGCUAGAAAAGAAACUUCGAUUUAAACUACCACAAGGGGAGAAUGAAACAUUUUUAAAUGUUUAUGAAUUACAAAGAGAAAGCAUUAAUAGAACUGAAGCACCUCCAGAUACAGAAAAGAAGUUGCUAUUCAAGGUUUUGAGAAUAUCUUCAGGGGUCAAAAAAGACUCCUCAUCUUCAAAAGGAUCCUCUACAGUUCAUUUAAAGUACCCUAAAUUAUCCUUAUCAGACAGCCUAACUUCCUCAGAAUCUUCUUCAUCGAGUAAUCUGUCAUCUUCAACAUCAUCUUCAUCAGGCAAUAUUAUCUCAACAUCAUCCACACACAGUUCCAAACCACCUUUUUCUGAAAAACCAGAGUCAACAAAAUCAAAGUGCCCCAAUUCAUCUUCAAACAAAAUGGAGUGCUCCAAACCAUUUUCCUCAAAUAAAUUAAAGUCUUCAAAACCCUCCUUGCGAAGAAAAAGAUCCAGAUUUUUGAAUACAGAGGGAGUUAAAGCCCUCAGGAGUCACCUUUCAGGUCGAGCAUUAUCACAUAAAAAUUUUUCAAAAGUAACUACUGGAACAUAUAGAUUACAAGGCACAAUUUUCAAUUCUGUAGGAAAACAAGUGCCCCAACGUCUUACAACAAAGGCAGCAACUGACGCAAAAAAGUCAAAUACAAAUAUUGUACAAAAGAAUAAUGCUGAACCAGAGACACAGAAGCCAGAGAAUGAAAUGGAAUUGAAGUCAGAUGUCAGUGGAAAUAAGCCUCCAAUUAGUCUAAUGUUAGACAUAAACCCAGAUACUGGAAUCCCGUGUUUGGUGAGAUACCCCACAACAACACCAGUCAUUGAUAAUGUGAAUCUGGAAACAUCUAACGUGAAAUCGGAACAAACGGGGUCUCCAGGAUCAGAUUCAGUGAGUCCAAGUGUACAAGGAAUGUCUUCAUUAAUAAAUUUAAGACUUACUAUAGACCCAGUUAGUGGAAAACCAAUGUUAGUGAAGUGUCCAGAUGAACCACCUACCAGGGAUUGUGAUACUAGGAAACAGACACGCACAAGGUCUGAUCAAGAGGAAUCGAGGCAGCUGCCAAAUUUCAGUUUAUUGACACCUAAUGAGGUGUUAGAUCCCAAAUUAAAGCAGAUCAAAUUAAUAAGUGAGCUACAAGAUUUAAGUAAAAAGAUACCGAAUUUUCAAAAACUGAAGCCAAAGCCUAUGGAUCAAAAACCAAAGGCAAAAUUAAAACAAAAUAAAUUGAAGAAAUUGCAAGGUUUAAGUCCAAAGACAUCAAUUGUCAGAAAAACUAAACAAAUGCCUAUUGUUCCAAAGGCUAAGCAAACAACAAACCAUAGACUGAUAGGAGAACCGCAAAUUUUAAAUUCUAAGAGGCCAGUUGUUCAGCAAUCAUCUGUUACCCAAGAGUUUAAGCCGUCAUUAAAACAACAUGAAAAUCAUCAUGAAUUAAUAAGACGGCCACAAGUAUUGAGGUCAACUAUGAAAGAACUUAAGCAAUCACCAGUUGCCCAAGAGUCUAAUCCCACAUUUAAACUUAAUGAAGUGAUGGGGGAUCCACAAAUAUCAAAUACGCCAAGGCCCAUUUCCCAGAAACCUAGGCAAUCGCCUAUUGUCAAAGAGUCUGAGCCAACAUCUAAACAAAAUGAAUUAAUAGGGGAACCACAGAUAUUAAGGAAUCUUCUCGAGGAAUCAAACCCAACAUUAAACCUAACAUUAAUUAUAAACCCGGCUAAUGGUAUGCCUGUGCUUGUACGAUCACCAGACUUAAUGACAUCCAAUCCAAAUGACAAACACCUAAAACUGACUUUAGACCCCGUAUCAGGAGAGACAAUCUUAGUUCCUGAGUCUGAAGAUGAUCCAAGAGAAAGUGUUUCUUAGGACCUAUUAUUUCCCCCAAUAUGGGAAUUAACACUAAUUUUUUUGUUGUCUGAAAAAAUGUGUACGGGCCAUUUAGGACAUAAAUAUCAUUAAUAUGGCGUCAUUAAUUACAAUUGCUGUGCUGGCAUGAUCCAUGAUGCUUGUUCACUAAAGCAUAGAGGUAACUUUGCCAGAACAGUUGCUAUUCAUAAUAUAUGUUUACUGGAGAAGAUUUCCUCAAUCCAUAUAAAACUAUUGCCAUACCAUUAUUCUAAUUCUUUUAAAUCCCUAUUAGUAUUUAAAGAACAUUUAGACAAUUAUGUGACCAUUGACUUGUAUUAUUUUGAUCUUAUUACAUGGAGAGAGUUCUAUACUUGCUUAUGUUUUCAUUCUAAGCUUC